CAAUUUUAAAAUAUCUGAUUUGUACCUAUUUUGUAACCAAAAGUUAAGUAAAAUCGAUUCAAAAAUAAGGAACAUCAACCUUGAUCAUUCAAAAUCAAACGAAAAGUAAACAUAUUUACUGAUAAAAAGAAAACCAAAUAAAUAAAAGCAUAAAACGAAAACCAAGUUCUCAUGAAAUGAGAAACAUUGUUUAACGAAAACAAAAUCUAAAUCUAAAUACUUAAAGAUUCAACGGCCAACUUCAACCAUCAACCUUCAUGCAAUAGAACCACCAACAUUCAUGUAAUAGAACCAUCAACCUUCAUGUAAUAGAUAAGUAUUUUAGAUGUUCAAUAUUUCUUAGUGUAUUUUGGAUACAUAUUAGGAAUUGAGAUCAUGUUUGGUAUAAGAUCUUUUCGAGGUUUUAAAUGUUUCGGGUUCUAUCGGAUAUCCAUUUAGAUUCGGGUUCGGUUCGGAUAAUACCCAUAACCCAAAAUACCACAAAACAAGAUCCAUUCGGUAUUUACAUCGGGUUCGGAUCGGUUCGGAUUCAUUUUUAUCGGAUCGGAUUCGGUUCGGGUUAUCGGAUUCGGUUUAUUUGCCCAGGCCUAUUCGACGCUCUUUUUCAAAUAAUAAUAGUUAAUUACACUAAACAUUUUUAACAUGAUUACGUACGAAUCUACUAUAUGAUAUAAGAUUAACAACAAUCAAGCAAAGUUGUAUUUCUCAUACUCACAGAGCUCAAAGAUCUUACAACAUGGGUACUCUCGACUUGCCUCACGCUUCAUCAUUCAAGGGAGGAAGUGAAACAUUUCUUCGUGAUGUGCUUGAAAGUAUACUUAAAACGUACUUGAGGAAGAAUCCGAUGGCCAAGACGGUAUGGGAACUAGUUCAGUCUAUGGACAACGAAAAGAUCUCCUACGACCACUUCUUUUUCAGGACAUUCAAGGUUGAUGGUUAUGGGAUAGAAUCUUUGUCGAGCUUUUUCAUGGAUUAUGGAUAUAAAAUUGGAGGCAGACUUGAAUUUCCAAAAAACAAAGUACAACUUGUGUGGCUUUCUCCUCCGGAUAUUCACGUCUCGGGUGAUGGUCACGGUCUAGGCAAUGGCCCUUUGCCACGGCUUGUUAUAGCUGAGCUUCUUGUGGACGAAUUAAGCCUUGAAUCACAGGAGAUAAUAAGGAAGUAUUUGAAACCAGAAGGUGGUAAGCAAGCGAUUCUUUCAAGUACUUUGGGGUCUUUAAUUUGGGAAAAGCCAACAUCCGCCGAAUUUAAUCAACUUGUCAAAGAGAGUGAGUAUGCGGCAUGGGCGCUUAUCCACGGCUACACAUUGAACCAUCUUGCUGUUGCGGUUCAUCGACUUAAACAUCGUUUCAGUGACAUUAACUACGUCCAAGAGUACUUCCAAGAAAAUGGAUUCAAACUGAACAAAGUCGGAGGAGAUAUUCUUAACGAGAGUGAAGACGGUCUACUCUUACAAGUGACGUUGGCGUCGGAGAAAGUUGCGAUUGAAUUUGCAGACGGGGUAACUGAACCCAUCACAGCUUCAUUCAUUGAGUUUGUUCAACGUCUAGUUCUUCCACAGUUCAAAGAUGUACCGAUUGAUGAGAUCAAAGAAUUUCAUAGACGUGAGGGACUCGAGCAAGCUAACGCCAACCGCAUUAUGCAAAGCACCCUUUCACAGCACAAGAAUGAAACCAACUGACUUGUCUUGUUCAGCUCACUGUAUGUCAAAUUUGUGUGUGUUUAAUUGUUCGUAUGGGAUUUGGAUCAUUUGCAAGCAAGAUCAAAUUAUUUGUAUGUGUUUAACCUACAUAACCUCUCAUGAUGGCUGAUGAAUAACGGAGAACACAAUGUCAUGGUGUGGUAUUUGUUGUGUUUUUCCUUUUCCAAAUAUAAUAAUUUGUGUGAGUGGAGAUAACCCGCUAAGUGAUUUGAUUACCUUUGUAGCACAAUAAAAUCAGAUUUAUUGGAGUUCCCUUUUAGUAA